CUAAAGAACUCUUCUAUUCAUGGAGGAGAACACUAAAGAUGCUUUCCACGUGAAUCCUGAAGUGAACUUCUGAUUUCCUAUAGAAAGAGAAGGGAGACAACAUGAAGGAGAAUGUGACAUCCACAUUUGUUUUCAUUUUGCUACUUUUUCUCAACACCAAUCUUCUGAAUGGACAGUCACCUCCUGGAAAACCUGAGAUCUUUAAAUGUCGCUCUCCUGAAAAGGAAACCUUUACCUGCUGGUGGAAGCCUGGGGCAGAUGGAGGACUUCCCACCAAUUACACGCUGAUUUACCACAAGGAAGGAGAUACAAACACCCAUGAGUGUCCAGACUACAAAACCGGUGGCCCCAACUCCUGUUACUUUAACAAGAAGCACACCUCCAUCUGGACAAUAUACAUCAUCACAAUAAACGCCACGAACCAGAUGGGAAGCAGUACCUCGGAUCCACGUUAUGUGGACGUGACUUACAUCGUUGAACCAGACCCUCCUGUGAACCUGACUUUGGAAUUAAAACAGCCAGAAGACCAAAAAUUAUAUCUGUGGAUAAAAUGGUUUCCACCCACCCUGGUUGACGUAAGAUCUGGUUGGCUCAUACUCCAAUAUGAAAUUCGAUUAAAGCCUGAGAAAGCAACUGAGUGGGAGACUCAUUUUGCUGGGCAGCAAACUCAGUUUAAGAUUCUCAGCUUAUAUCCAGGACAGAAAUAUCUUGUUCAGGUUCGUUGCAAGCCAGACCAUGGAUUCUGGAGUGAGUGGGGCCCAGAGAGCUCCAUCCAGAUACCUAAUGAUUCCACCCUGAAAGAUACCACCGUGUGGAUCUUUGUGGCUGUUCUUUCUGCUGUCAUCUGUUUGAUUAUGGUCUGGGCAGUGGCUUUGAAAGGCUAUAGCAUGGUCGCCUGCAUCCUUCCACCGGUUCCUGGGCCAAAAAUAAAAGGACUUGAUACUCAUUUGCUGGAGAAGGGCAAGUCUGAAGAACUACUGAGCGCCCUGGGGUGCCAAGAUUUCCCUCCCUCUUCUGACUAUGAGGAUUUGCUGGUGGAGUUUUUAGAAGUCGUCGACAAUGAGGACCAGCAGCUGAUGCCGGCCCACUCAAAAGAACUCCCAGGUCAAGGCAUGAAGCCCAAACAGCUGGAUCCCGACAGUGACUCUGGCCAGGGCAGCUGUGACAGCCCUUCGCUUUUGUCCGACAAGUGCGAGGAACCCUGGGGAAAUCCCUCCACAUUCCACAUCUCUGAAAGCAUUGAAAAGCCAGAGAAUCCUGAAACAAAGGGUACCCGCAUCUGGGACCCCCAGAGCACAAGCUUGGAAGGCAAAAUCUCCUAUUUCCAUGCCAGCGAGUCCAAAUCAACAUGGCCUUUACUGCAGCCCCCCAGACAGCACAACCCCAAAUCUUCUUACCACAAUGGUGAUGGGUGUGAGCUGGCCAUGGGCACGGCAGGCGCAUCGGCUCCUUUGUUGGACAAAACAGACAAGCAUGCUUUAAAAUCCUCAGAAACCGCUGAGACUGAAGGGGAGGAAAAAGUGACUGAGCAGAGAGAGGUGGAAAGUUUCCAUUCCAAGACUGACCCAGACACCGUGUGGCUGCUGCCCCAGGAGAAAACCGCCUUUAUUGCUGCUAAACUCUUGGAUUACGUGGAGAUUCACAAGAUCAACAAAGAUGGAGCACUAGCAUUGCUCCCAAAACAGAAAGAGAACAGCAGCCACACAGAGAAGCCCAGCGCUCCCGAAUCCAGCAAGGAGUACACCAGGGUGUCUGGGCUGACGGACAACAACAUCCUGGUGUUGGCACGAGGUCCCCACGCUCAAAACCGGCCUUUGUGUGAAGAACCGGCGAUCGAGGCUCCACCUUCCCUUCAACAGAAUCCAGCUGAGAAAGACCUGGCCCCGUGCACCGCGACACCGAGCAGCUGCAGACGCCAGCUGGGUGGGCUGGAUUACCUAGAUCCCGCGUGUCUUAAGCUCUCCUUUCAGUGA